AUGCAGAAGUGCGCCAAGUCGUGGGGGGUCUUCUUCUUGGCAAAGUCUGUGAAUCCCGGCGCUCCGCGCGGGCAUCUCAGACACAAAAGCGGCGUGCUUUGGAAACUUCCGAGCGGGAGCCGCGGCGGGUCGGCGUCCCUGACAACCGCCGCCCGGGGGCUGAGGACCACCGCGGCCGCCGCCUCCUCCAGGCGCAUCGAGAGGAUCCUGCCCAGACACGAUGACUUCGCGGAGCGCCACAUCGGUCCAGGUGAGCGCGAGAAGAGGGACAUGCUGGACGUCCUGGGACUCGAGUCAAUCGAUCAGCUGAUCGAAAACACAGUUCCAGCCUCCAUCCGCCUUCAGAGGAGUUUGAAGAUGGAUGAUCCGAUCUGUGAAAAUGAGGUCCUGGAAGCCCUGCAGAAGAUUGCCUCAGAGAACAAAGUUUGGAGGUCUUACAUCGGGAUGGGUUACUACAACUGCUCUGUGCCGCCGCCGAUCCAGAGGAAUCUGCUGGAGAAUGCUGGCUGGGUGACGCAGUACACGCCGUACCAGCCCGAGGUCUCUCAGGGCCGCUUGGAGUCUCUCCUGAACUAUCAGACGAUGAUCUGUGACAUCACAGGGAUGCCGGUGGCCAACGCCUCCCUGCUGGACGAGGGAACGGCUGCUGCCGAGGCCAUGCAGCUCUGCCACAGGCAGAACAAAAGGCGAACUUUCUAUAUUGAUCCACGCUGUCAUCCCCAAACAAUCGCCGUGGUGCAGACCAGAGCCAACUACAUUGGAGUCAAGACGGAGCUAAAGCUGCCUCACGAGAUGGACUUCAGCGGGAAGGACGUGAGCGGCGUGCUCUUUCAGUAUCCAGACACUGACGGCAGAGUGGAGGACUUCACCGCUCUCGUGGACCGAGCACACAAGGGCGGGGCCCUGGCCUGCUGCGCCUCUGACCUGCUGGCCCUCUGUGUGAUGCGCCCCCCUGGAGAGUUCGGUGUUGACAUCGCCUUGGGGAGCUCCCAGAGGUUUGGGGUUCCUCUCUGCUACGGCGGUCCACACGCCGCCUUUUUCGCCGUCAAAGAAAACCUGGUCCGUAUGAUGCCCGGCAGAAUGGUCGGAGUCACCAGGGACGCGGCUGGGAAGGAGGUGUACCGCCUUGCCCUGCAGACCAGAGAGCAGCACAUCCGCAGAGACAAGGCUACCAGCAACAUCUGCACUGCACAGGCUCUUCUGGCGAACAUGGCUGCCAUGUAUGCACUGUACCACGGUCCACAGGGACUCAAACACAUCGCUGAGAGGACACACAAUGCUGCUCUCAUUCUAGCUGAAGGUCUGAAGAGAGCGGGCCACCGGCUGCACAGCGACAUUUUCUUUGACACGCUAAGGAUCAACUGUAGUGUUGCUGCCAAAGACAUUUUGGAGCGAGCCACACAGCGGCAAAUAAACCUGCGGGUCUACCAAGAGGGAGUGCUGGGCGUUUCUCUGGAUGAGACGGUGACCGAGAGAGACUUGGAUGACCUCCUUUGGGUUUUUGGCUGUGAAUCUUCAGCUGAACUCAUUGCGGAAAAGAUGGGGGAGCGAGUGAAAGGGAUUAUGGGAAGUCCUUUCAAGAGGACAAGCAAGUUCCUCACACACCAGGUCUUCAACAGUUACCACUCUGAGACCAACAUUGUGCGCUACAUGAAGCGUCUGGAGAACAAGGACAUCUCACUGGUGCACAGCAUGAUCCCACUGGGCUCCUGCACCAUGAAGCUCAACAGUUCAUCAGAACUCAUGCCCAUCACCUGGAGGGAGUUUGGGAACAUCCACCCCUUCGUGCCUCUGGAUCAGGCGGAGGGAUACCAGAAGCUCUUCCGGCAGCUGGAAAAGGACCUGUGUGAGGUGACGGGCUACGACAAGAUCUCCUUCCAGCCAAACAGUGGCGCUCAGGGAGAAUAUGCUGGCCUGGCUGCUAUAAAGGCUUACCUUAACUCAAGGGGGGAAAGCUCCAGAAGUGUCUGCCUGAUUCCCAAGUCUGCCCACGGCACCAACCCAGCAAGCGCUCAGAUGGCCGGCAUGAAGGUCCAGGUGGUGGAGGUGGACAAAGACGGCAACAUCGAUCUGGUGCAUCUGAAGGCUCUGGUGGACAAGCACAAAGCGAGUCUUGCGGCCAUGAUGAUCACGUACCCCUCCACUUUUGGCGUCUUCGAGGAGAACAUCAGAGACGUCUGUGAACUCAUUCAUCAAAACGGCGGCCAGGUGUAUCUGGAUGGUGCCAACAUGAACGCCCAGGUGGGUUUGUGUCGUCCUGGAGACUACGGCUCGGAUGUGUCUCACCUGAACCUGCACAAGACCUUCUGCAUCCCUCACGGGGGAGGAGGACCUGGCAUGGGCCCCAUUGGGGUGAAGGCUCACCUCGCGCCCUUCCUGCCCAGUCACCCCGUCGUUCCCAUGCAGUCCGUCAACAGCAGCAGCUCGCUGGGAACCAUCAGCGCCGCGCCCUGGGGCUCCAGCGCCAUUCUGCCCAUCUCGUGGACGUACAUCAAGAUGAUGGGAUCCAGAGGACUGACUCAUGCGACUGAAGUGGCCAUCCUCAACGCCAACUACAUGGCCAAGAGGCUGGAAGGCCAUUAUAAAGUCCUCUUCAGAGGCAGGAAAGGUUUUGUUGCUCAUGAAUUCAUUCUGGACGUGAGGCCGUUCAAGAAGUCGGCCAACAUAGAGGCUGUUGAUGUGGCCAAGAGGCUGCAGGAUUAUGGUUUCCACGCCCCCACCAUGUCGUGGCCGGUGGCCGGCACACUCAUGAUCGAGCCCACGGAGUCGGAGGACAAGGCCGAGAUGGACCGAUUCUGCGACGCCCUCCUCGGGAUCCGGCAGGAAAUCGCAGAGAUCGAGGAGGGGAGGAUGGACUCUCGCAUCAACCCGCUGAAGAUGGCUCCUCACUCUCUAGCAUGCAUCUCCUCCUCGAACUGGGACAGACCCUACUCCCGGGAGUACGCUGCCUUCCCAUUGCCCUUUAUCAGACCUGAAACCAAGUUCUGGCCGAGCAUCUCAAGAAUCGACGACAUCUACGGCGACCAGCACCUGGUGUGCACCUGCCCGCCCAUGGAGGUCUACGAGUCUCCGUACGAGGAGAAGAUCGCCUCCUCGUAAAAACCCUCCACAGCUCUGUCCCAGUGUCCAGCCUUCACGUAACACAGCCUUACUGCCCAUGUGAGAACACGAGGACCGCGCUGCUGGAGGAAGACGUUCCAUUCCCGGUGGAUGACAUUUGUAUUUUUGGGUAGUUAAGGUUAAAACAGGAUGUAGAUUUUUUUUUUCCCUCUAGAAAUAUGUACGUUUUAGAACCACAUAAAAUGUGGUUGAUUGAGGUCUGCAGCGUUGCAUAAAAGCCGUGAGCACGCACAAGGUUUGAGUGGAUCUGUCGCAGCGUGAGGAGCGGACAGUGGGACGAGGUUCUGUCAAACUGUGUUCAAAGGACCAAAAGAUCCGAUUUCCAUUCUCCACAACAUUUCUGAAUUACUAUUCUGUCAGUUCACUUCUCCAACAAAACAUCCUUUGUGUCUUUUUAUUCCUGUAAAAUAGUUGCCUUGACUUUCCCUUUCCUACAAAUUUGUGACCAAUUUAGGCAUUAAAGCUGUUAGUCUGUCGACGUCUGCUGUUUGAAACUGUGGUAACGCUCUGU